UUUCUCCUCUUCUCUGGGGCCCCUGGCUGCUCCAGAUCCCCCUCCCCUCCAAUCUGGUGGAGCCCAACAGUCUUCUUCCCGACCCUCACAGACAGGUGAUGGAAGCAGCACUAGCAAUGAGUGAGUGGGGAAAAGUCACGUCUGUGUCAUUUUGUCUCCAAAGGCUGCGCCUGUGGCUCUUUACCACAAGAAUUCCCUGCCCACCGUGUCCAGGGCUAGCUGAACAGCCUGAUUAAACCCUCACUGCAUCUGGGAUGCUCCUGUCUCAUUUGCAAAGGGUUUCAUCAACCAUGGGAGCAGUAGGUACUCUGACCUUCACGUACAGUUACCCUCGGCGCUCCUAGGAAAACAUGGCUCCAGCCUGGGCCACCGUACAGCCAACCCUUAAGUCCCCAGUGGUGGUGUAGCUAGUGGUGGUGGGUGGCAGCCAAUGUUCAGAUUCUAGAAAGGGCCUCCCAGCCAGCCACAGCCUGCACUACCACUGAGUGCCAGUCCCCCCUUUACAGUAGGCCUUGGUGCAAUGGCUGGGGGCCAGAAUGGGGCCUUUCCAGUUGUAGGAACCCUGUAAGGUGACAGAAAGCAGCCACCAGGACCUGAAGACCCACCCCACUGAGGGCAGCCCGCAAGUAGCAGGGCCCCAGCAGCCCAACUACCGCGUCACGGACAUCCUGUAUGACCUUGCAGACGGUGGUGAGAGUCACUGAGGAGCUGCUCAACAAUGUGGUACUCGCAGCAGACACAGCGUGAUGGCCAGGCCCCCCUCCACUGGGAUGGCCGAGAGUUCGUGUCCCAGCAGCAGGUGGCUAAGGGCAUCGCUCCCGCCUGGUAGUCCAAGCUGCCCUUUCCCAAGCCGAGGUGCUGCGCCCACUCGGCCUUGCUUAAGUCCUUGCUCAGCACAUGGUCACGGCAGGCGGAGGAACGGGACUUGGCCUAGAGGUGGCGCCCUGGGGGCAGCGGGGUGGGAGGAAACGCCGGGGCCCUGUGCUUCACGGAGGCUGCCAGGCCUGGGCCUGCGGUGGUGGCUUAGGCGCUGGGGCCCGCAGGGGGAUGGAGUUCUCUCCUGGAACUGGGCUCGCCCUCCCCUCCUCCUCCUCUUCUGCUUCACUGUCCCGGCCGGGCAGCCGCCGGCACACCCAUCCGCCAAGGCCUGGGCGAACCAGAGGAGGGGGAAGCAUGGGUCCUGCGCGAGCCGGUGCCCAUGGAGAGCUGCCCCGUGCUGACUGUACCGCUCCCGCUGGCGCCCUUCCCUCCGAAGACGCUAGGAGAACAGAAGAUACAGAGCUACAGCGCCCCCACCCAACGCCAUUUUGGAGACUCACGCUCCUUCUCUCUCAACUUCGAACAACGUAAAGUCAGCUGGGAGAAGACAAGAUGGCGCCGAGCCGAAGCGGCUGAGAAAGGCAGGAGGAUAAAUCUUGCUUCCGAAGUGGAAGCGUAAAUAAAGGCGCGAAAAACCGAACUGCGCAGGCGUACAGCCUUGGCACGCUGUAAAAUUCGAACAGCAGGGAGGGCGCGCCCAAAAUGUGGUCUCUGGACGAGACCCAUCUUAAGCUACUGAAGGUGGGGUGGCGUAAGAAAAGGCGGAACACAGGGCGCUGUCCCGCGGAAUCGCGGGAAGAAAGAGAAAGCGUACCCAGAGCGCGCAUGCGCAUCGUCAGUCAGUGGCCGUUUGGAGAGACUGGCGGAAGUAAGCUUUGCAAUAUGGCGGCCGAGGCAGACGGGGCGCUUAAGCGGCUGUUGGUGCCGCUUCUUUUACCUGAGAAAUGCUACGACCAAAUUUUUGUCCAGUGGGACUUGCUUCACGUCCCCUGCCUCAAGAUUCUCCUCAGCAAAGUCCUGGGGCUGAGCCUUGUGGCUGGAUCACUUCUGGUAAAACUGCCCCAGGUGUUUAAAAUCCUGGGAGCCAAGAGCGCAGAAGGAUUGAGUCUCCAGUCAGUAAUGCUGGAGCUAGUGGCACUGACUGGGACCAUGGUCUACAGCAUCACCAACAUCUUCCCUUUCAGCUCUUGGGGUGAAGCCCUGUUCCUGAUGCUCCAGACCAUCACCAUCUGCUUCCUGAUCCUGCACUACAGAGGACAAACUGUGAAAGGUGUUGCUUUCCUGGCCUGCUACGCCCUGGUCCUGCUGGUGCUGCUUUCACCACUGACUCCCCUGGCUGUAGUCACCCUGCUCCAGGCCUCCAAUGUGCCUGCUGUGGUGGUGGGAAAGCUGCUCCAGGCAGUCACCAACUACCGCAACGGGCACACAGGCCAGCUCUCAGCUGUCACAGUCGUUCUGCUCUUUGGGGGCUCCCUGGCCAGAAUCUUCACCUCCAUUCAGGAAACUGGAGAUCCUCUCAUGGCUGGAACCUUUGUUGUCGCUGCCCUCUUCAACGGCCUCAUUGUUGCCCAGCUCCUCUUCUACUGGAAUGCAAAGGCUCCCCACACGAAAAAGGAGUAGGGCUGAGCUGGCUACGAGAGUCCAUUCCAUGUUUCUAUUCAUCCAUUCCAACCUCAGGGUCCUCCCAUCUGAACCAGUGUGCUGGUGUGACUUUUAAUCACCUGCCAUUCUUCUGCCAAUUGCAACCUCUUGGAUCAGGGUUUGUUCAUUAGGAAGGAUGGGGGUAGAGAUUUUCAGGGUAAUAUUUUGAUUUAUUUUGUGCUGUCCUGUGCAUGUACUAUUAAUUCACCUAAUCAUUUGGCUGAGAUUUUUCCUUUAGCAGCAAUUUUCAGCUACUUACCUAUUCUGGGCAAGUCUUGCCCUGUUCUCUUGUCUUCUCACUUCCCUUCUGGCCCUACAGGACAGACCCUGGACAGUGGAAGAGACUAAGGGGCUUGUGGCUUCUCCCUCCCUCAGCCUGGCUGGGACUGACUCCUGGACCCCAGUGCUGGGUGGGGGAAGGGGGACGGAGAAUGACUCAGGCAGGGCCCCGGGGUGGGGUGGAGGUUCCUGCUCUGGCAGGUCCAGGCGGAAGGGAGUGGAGAGCGCGCUGGUUCCUGCUGCAGUGAGGGGAACAGAAAUGGGGCAAUAAAGACACAGAGACAUGG